AUGGAAGAGCUGAAACAUUUCAGCCAUGAGCAUCUGCUAAUUCUAGUGAAAGGAUGUGCUGAACUUCCAGAGGACAUUUCUCAUGCCAUGCACCCUCAGCACCGCCUCAUCCUUCAUGACAAACCGCCUUACAGUGGAGGCAGCUGCUUCUGUAAUGGCCGCCAACAAAUGUGGAGCAUCACUAUGAUCAUAUUGGCUAUGGAUUUUCCUGUGAUAUCUGCAACAGAAACAUUAUGGCAGAUCAUUGGAAUUACUACUGUGGCCCCUGCAGACACUUUCCAUGAGCAGCACCUGCUGAAGAUCCUAGAGAAAGCGGAAAGGGAUGAGACUGUUCAGAAAUCAAUCUGCUAUGGCUGCGGAGCACCCGUACUUUCAGAGCCCACAUAUUCCUGUAAAGAGUGCAGCAUCUUUCUUCACAGAAGAUGUGUUGAACUUCCAAAGGACAUUUCUCAUGCCAUGCACCCUCAACACCGCCUCACCCUUCUUGAGAAGCCUCCAAAUAAAGAAGGGAUCUGCGACUGUAAAGGCUGUGGGCAAUCAUGGAGACACUUCACCUAUCACUGUAACACUUGUAAUUUUAACCUCGACGUCUCGUGUGCUACUGAGGACCGAAAAUUGAAGCAUCCAGCUCAUGCACACACUCUAAAAUUCGUGCCAAAGCCAGUCAUAUUUGAGUGCCAUGCUUGUUGGGAAAGAAAGAAAGAUGCAUCAUACUUGUGUACUAGUUCUCGUUGUCCAUAUUGGAUCCACGAGAGAUGUGCUUCAUCACCUACCGUCAAGAAACGCAAAGAUCACGAUCACCCUCUUUCCCUUGCCUAUUAUCUUUCGGAUGAUUACAUUGCCUAUGAGUUCUCUUGUGAUGUCUGCGACAAAAUGAUAGAGCCGAAUGAUUGGAAUUACUACUGCGGCCCAUGUAGACACUUUGUGCAUCUUACGUGCAUCGAAACACGGGACCAACGACGGCGCACAGUGCUUGAUGUGAUGCCUGCAAUUUGGAUUCCAAUGGUUACUCGUUCAAUUGCAAGGGAUGUAGCCUCCGCCCAGAUGUCAAGUGUGGAAACUUACCAAAAAAGGUUUAUCAUGGAUCUCACCGCCGGCACAGGCUCAUCAGUGCCAGAGAAUAUCCAGUCCCGAACCAAAAAAGCUCUCCUACCCAAAAGAGUGAAGCAUAGGUGGGAUAAGCACCCCCUCGUUCUAAGCUUUCCUCCUUUCUUUAAACAAGCUGAUAAAUUCUAUUGUGGGGUUUGUGAAGAAGAAAUCCAUCCCCGGCAUUGGCAGUAUCGUUGUAGUGAAUGUGAUCAAUCUUUUCAUCCUCGUUGUAUCCCACAAGCCAGUUCAUCCCGGAACAUCAAGUUUGGGAUCACUACAGAUGUCGGUGCACAUCCGCAUACUCUGAAGUUAGUUCUGGAAGGCGAAUAUCGUUCCGCUUGCUUCUCCUGUAAAGCAUCAUUGUACGGACGCCGGGCAUUCAAGUGCACUGCAACUUGCAAGUUCUACCUCUGCCAUGAUUGUGUUGCUGAGAGAUCUGCUGAUACUAGUACUCAUUAAAAUUUCUGUCUAUGGAUCUGCACUCUUGAUUACUAGUAUGACGUACA